AUGGCUGCCACUGCCGUUGUUAGUCCCAGUGACUACCUGCUGCCCGCUGCCCCCACCACCCAGGACUCCCAGCCUUCUCCUCUAGCCCUGCUAGCGGCAACAUGUAGCAAAAUUGGCCCCUCAGCUGUUGAAGCUGCUGUGACCCCGGCCACUCCGCCCCAGCCCACACCUCGGAAACUUGUCCCUAUCAAACCUGCCCCUUUCCCACUCAGUCUUGGCAAGAAUAGCUUUGGAAUCUUGUCUUCCAAAGGAAACAUACUUCAGAUUCAGGGGUCCCAGCUGAGCAUGUCCUAUCCCGGAGAGCAGCUGGUGUUAGUGAUCCAGAACCCCGGCAAGCUCAACAAGGGGAGCCAGUCCAAUGCCAGCAUCCAGUACCAGGUCGUCCCCCAGAUCCAGGCGAGCAGUUUCCCGACCACACAAGUGCAGCCCAGUCUCACCAACCAGAUCCAGAUCACCCCCUCCCCGUCCAGCCACAAGCCCGUCCCCAUCAAGCCAGCCCCGCUCCAGAAGUCCAGCACAGCCACCACC